CCAGGAGUGCUGCUUUCUAAGCUUUCCCGAGAAAAGUCCUGAGUAUACCACCCGUCCCUCUUUUAGGAAGAUAUGCUUAUCUGGCUGUACUUGAAGGUCUUCCUUGCUUCUUGGAGGUUGUGACUCAAAUAAAGACACCAGAGGUCUCCUUAUGAGGCUCUUACUCCAAGACACUCUUGGAACAUCUGCCCUUGCACUUACUGAGGAACAAGAUAAUCAAGGCAAGGUAAACUUAAAAAAACCUCGAAGUCCUCACGGACAUGAAGCCAGCAGGUGCCUUUCUACUUUUGAUCGGCCUGGCCUGUUUGUUCCUCCAUGCAGAUGCUGUGAGCCAAGGUGGCUUCCAGGCUUUUUGCAGCAACUAUGAGAAGACACUUUCUGCAGAUGGAAAAUCGUGCCCAAAUACUUACAAACCAGUGUGUGGCACAGACGGGAAAACUUACCAAAACCGCUGUGAAUUCUGCCAAACCGCCACGGAAAGAAGUUUGGGAAAACUUGGUUUCAAACAUAAAGGAAAAUGCUGAUCCCCUAACAUCACAGCACUGGGUGCAUCUUUGGUUUGGUUUUUACACUAAAAUGCAUAUUCCCCUUUACCCAGUCUCCAUGGCAAUGUGCCUCCUCCCAGGUAUGCACGAAAGGAAAUUUCAAUAAAGUUACUUUAGUAACACUUCUA